CUUGGGGUCCGUCCGUUCUCGGAGUGGGGGGCCGGGGCCAGAUUACUGUGCUGGGAACCAAACACUUCAUGCCACCUCAUGCGAUAUACCUGAGCUAUUUUGCUGGUGUUGCCGCUGUUAGGAUCCGAUAAGUGAUCACUCGCAAUCAUGAAGAUCUGUUCCAUCGUAAUAGCUCUGCUCCUUGUCAUCACUGGGGAGGCAAUCGCCAAUCAAGACUUUCAAGGUAAUCUGUACGAUUUCUUGUUUUCGAACUACACAAAGAGUUUUCUACCCCAUCAUGAUCAGCCACACUACGUUAAUGUAUCAUUGGAUCUCCAGCUCUUACAAAAACUGAAUUUAUUUCAAGGGACUAUGCACAUGAACGUUUGGCGAGCAUUGGUGUAUAAAGAUGAACGUUUGACUUGGGACCCAACAGCAUUUGGUAAUAUUCGAAGAUUCAACGUCUACUCCUCGGUAGUCUGGGUUCCUGACAUCAGUAUCUGGAACAGUGCUUCCAAUGAGCCCAGCAUUGAUUAUUCCGAGGCCAUCAUCUACCCGGACGGCACCAUCGCUCUGGUCGUACCGAUGUUCGUCGACGCUUCGUGCGGACUCGAUCUCAGUGACUUCCCCUACGAUACUCACAACUGCAGCCUCACUUUCGGUUCUUGGACCAACGACAACUCGCGGAUAGUUUUGGACACGACGUCAAAUAGUGUGGGUCUGAGUCAUUUCUCGGAUAACCCGAUGUGGCACAUCGUAGAAACAUCGGUGCAGAAGAACUCGGUCGUUUCCGACUGCUGCGAGGAGGUCUACGAAGAUGUCACGUUCUACAUCACGAUCAGCCGCCGGGAGAGCCACGGUCGCAUCGGUCCCGCCGUUGUCAGCGUCUGGUUGAUUCUCGCCGUCUUCCUCAUGCAGCCGUCGAAGGGAGGAGAACGUAUCAUCUUCGCAGGCCUGGUAUUUGUGUCGCUCAUCGUCCUCAAUGCGGCUCUCAGCGCCGAGGUGCCGGCGUACUCUGUGACCAGGCUGGGGAGGUUCCUUCUGGCUGGGAUGUUGAUUAACAGCAUCGUCGUCGUCAUCAACGCCAUCAUCUACCGGUUCUACCCCGCAGAGCAGCAAGGGACGACGAAGGCCCAGUCCAGCUUCAGUGCGCCCCGUGUCUUCUUCCUCCUCGACGUCGCAGUCGCUCUCAUUCUCUUCGUUGUCCUCACCAUCUUAACUGGCGCCCUAUUUUCCUAACAACAUCAUCGUGAACCGGAUAAAAUCAUUGCAUUUUCAUGAAGAAAAAAAGAGGUUUAAACAACUCCAGCUUUGGAAUAUUGGACUUGAGUGUGCAUGAUUAUAUAAGACAGGUAUACUUCAUAGGAGUUAGAGGCCUGCAAAAUCAUAAAUACGGUGUGAUCGUUGCGUGCAGUGUCAUUUCAUUAUUAGGAAAUUAAGUCGUUUUUCCCCCUUUUUUUCUUCAAGUUUUCAUUUGGAUCAUUUCACGACUUCACAGUCUUCAUUAAUUCUUAUGUCAGACCCUGUUUAUUAAGGUAUAUUCUAUUUUUUUUGAGUAAACCUAUUUUCUAUUUUUGAGUAAGCUUAUAUUACUUUAAAUUGUUGAACCCCUAUUUAAAGUGUACCUUUAAACUAUGUUUCUAUUAAGAUCACCUCUCUGGUAUAUGCUGCUGGUGAAACAAAGAGAUGGGAACAAAGAUACCCCUAUUCUAUAGGCCUUGUUUAUGUCUUAAACCCAGACCACUUCCUUUAUUCGUAGAGUACAUAAAUCAUGAAUGACCAGUGGAUACACUUACUGGUACCCCUUUGUCUUGGGGAUAGGGAAUAGUGGGGUUGUUUGCCUGGUUUGGAAGAAAGAUUGGCUUUCUCGUUGAGAGCAAGUUUAGACUUCAAGGCAGAUAGACGUGUGAUGUAACUUCCCCCAGAAGUUACUAUGUCGCAGCUUUUUAAGACCUGCCUUGAUUUUGUUUCUUAACAGGUAAGCGAACACUCACCUUCCUAAAAGUAUAUUCAUGUUUUAUUCUAGUAAAUUAUAGAGAAAUCAUAAGAUCCUCAUGCAAUUUGAAUGAAUUGUACGAUACUGUUUAGUGUGAUUCUCCUUGCGUUGGAAAACCCAUUGUUAUAUUUUCAUGUGUUUAUCCAUUAACUUUUGAUACAAGAUGGUUGUAAUUAAGUAUGAAUUAAGAUACUACUUUUCACAAGCCAGACCUAUUUAUAGAUAUUUCAGUCAUUGUAAAAUACUUUUGAUUAGAUAGUUUAGUGAUAGUCCAAUAACUACUUGUAAGACGAUAAAUACUCUUGUUGAAUUACUGUGUUCCAUAUAAAGAAGAAUUAUUAUUGAUUAAGUAGGAGAGCAAGUUUAGACUUCAAGGCAGAUAGACGUGUGAUGUAACUUCCCCCAGAAGUUACUAUGUCGCAGCUUUUUAAGACCUGCCUUGAUUUUGUUUCUUAACAGUUCCACCAUGGUUCCACCAUGGUUCCAGUUCCAUUUCCCUCGGGACAAGAGUUGGGACUGCUGUCGUUGUGCAGGCAACGCUCUCCGCCUGAUCGAUGUAUUUAGUGCUUACUGACGAACGACUUGUGUUUUAUCAUUUGUACUUCAUAUGAACAUCUAUUCUUUUCUUCUAUUCCCUAAUAUGUUUCUACUGUAUAGUGUAGUUUACUUUGCUCUUUUGCUAUCAUUCUUGUAAUAAACAUUGUAAAGCUUUGCAUGUAGCUGUUUUUGUAAGAAUUGUUUGUUUGAAAUUGGAAAUGCCAGUUGUCACACUGGGAGUUUAUUAUCGGUGUACCUUUGACACUGAAUAUUAAUAAAUACCUCUUUGGAAUUAUCAUUGGCACAAAA